CUUCCAAUCUUCCCCAACCCAAUCUCUCCAACACGCCUAAGAAAACCCGAAGAAACCAAACUCUCUCUUGUACGUCGCACUUCGCAUAUCCAAAGCCCUAAUCGAUCAUUUCGAUUCCUCUCCCUUCAAUCCCCAACCUCAAUUUCAGGGGUCGAGGUAGUUCAAUCGGUGACAAUCAGCCAUGUUUAGCCGGAUCUUCGGCAAACCUAAGCAGGAAACGAAUGCUCUAGCCACCUUAGACAAAUUAAAUGAGACGCUAGAAAUGUUAGAGAAAAAGGAGAAAGUGCUUAUAAAAAAGGCUGCUGCUGAGGUUGAAAAGGCCAAGGAGUUCACCAGAGCAAAGAACAAGAGGGCUGCUAUACAAUGUUUGAAGAGGAAGAGGCUGUAUGAACAGCAAAUAGAGCAGCUUGGAAAUUUCCAAUUGCGUAUCCAUGAUCAGAUGAUAAUGUUAGAAGGUGCAAAAGCAACUACUGAGACUGUAGAUGCGUUGAGAACAGGAGCUUCUGCAAUGAAGGCAAUGCAGAAGGCAACAAAUAUUGAUGAUGUGGACAAGACCAUGGAUGAGAUCAAUGAGCAGACUGAGAACAUGAAACAGAUACAGGAAGCAUUGUCAGCCCCAAUUGGUGCAGCUGCUGAUUUUGAUGAGGAUGAAUUGGAAGCUGAACUUGAAGAGCUUGAAGGUGCUGAACUGGAAGAACAGCUUCUUCAACCUGCAACAACUGCUCCUGCAGCUCCAGUGCAGUUCCCAGCAGGCCCACAACGAACUCGUCCUACUCCAAGGCGUACUGCUGAGGAAGAUGAACUAGCUGCACUACAGGCUGAGAUGGCACUUUAAGCAGGUAUUGUUUGGGUAUUUAUUGACAGGAGCCAUGUAAAGAAUUGCCUGAUUGUUUGAUGGAGAUUUCUGCUCGUUCAUGCAUUCCGAUUUCGACAUGGACCAUUGGUAAACAGAAUACGAAAGUUACCACUCCAAAACUUGUAAUCUGCCCUUUGGUGCUUCCAAACAACUCUUCUUUCUAUUUUUCUUUUUCGAAAUUUUCACCUUUUUUUAUUUUGGUAUUCUGUAAACCUUAUUUGAUAGCUUAACGAAUCUUCCAUGUAUCAUAUCCAAGCGAAUCUUACUCGAUCUCGGGGCCAUUUACCAGGAAAUGAAGUAAACCCCAUGUUGCUUUCUA